UAUUGUAGUUUGGGAUGUAGCUCGAGAAACAGGAGUACCCUUGAGGAGACUCAGGGGUGGAGGUCAAUGUAUUCUUAGAUGGUCUUCAUGUGGCGCUAAACUUCUUGCCGCCACAUGUCGGACAGUUUUCAGAGUUUGGGACCCUGGACAGCUGAACGAUGGACCGUACCUAAUGGUCGUGUUGCUGUUGCCUGUUUUGGGCCUUAUCAGACACUUUUAUUUACAUCAACAGAAGACCCGGCCACGCUGUUUUCACUUCCGAUGCAAGACAAUAUUUUUGAUGCACGUGGUGUUACUUCUUUCAGCGAUACUAAAGUUGCGAUACCACUUAUUGAUCUUACUAAAAUAGCAUUCUGUUCAAGAAGUGACGAGGACGAUGAUAGUGCUAAUGGAGAAGAAAUUGUAGGCGGACGUGUUGUAGCCAUGGACUGGGAUCCAUCUGGCAAAUAUCUCGCAAUAUUAUUUCAAGACAGUCCAUUAGUCGCGGUCUUUAAAACAUCAGUUGGCACUAUUUCACGGGUAACACAAAUUACACCAGGUUAUUUAAUAAAAGGAUUUUCGGAAGAAUAUCCUAAUUGUCUGCAGUUUCAUCAAUUUUUGGAGGACAAUAGUAAACAAAAAGCCUGCUUGACUAUCUCCUGGACCAGCAGUUGCGUUCAACAGUUUCCUAUUGUCGAAAUUUCCAACUCUCCUGUUAAAUGCUAUUAAAAAAAAUUAAUUUGAUGAUUUAAUUGGUAAUGAUAAAACUAUUAAUUUAAAAGUCAAUGUACUACUGUGUCAAUAUAUAAUUAUUUUAUACAAUUUAAUUAAUCUAAAUAUUAUUACAAGUUAGUAUUGAAAAAAUGAAGCUGGAUAUUUAACACUCAUACAUAAGUAUAAGUAUGAGUUUAUGAUAAUAUACAAGAAAGAACGAUAUGUCUUCACAACUUGGUGUCUAAUUAUACAAAGUCACAUGCAGAGCGCACGACUUUCUAUUUUUACGCCACUUGACCGUAAGCUAAACGUUGACGCGCGUGUUGUACUCCUUAAAAUACUAAUGUAUAUCAUCUGAAAUAGUUUUUUAUCUGAGAAAUUUUUUCUAGAUCGUAACUAGUAUAGACAUUAACGUUUUUUUGGGUUAAUAACUCGCCAAAGAUCGUAAUAUGCGAGAUGAAUUUUUUUUAUAAUCUUUUCUUCUCUUUUUAUUUUUAUUUUUUAAAUUCUUUAUAUAUAUAUACGACAUAUAAACCAUGUUUUUUAUAUUGCAUUCUCACCCGCAUGUGUAAAACGAUCGGAAUCAGUAUAUUAUUUCAACGACGAAGAUACACAUGCGGAGUCUAUGGUGAACGAGGUUGACAGGUGCCUCGACAAAAACGCUGGGACGACCCCGAGUCACUGUAGUAGCGUGUGUGUGUGUAAAAUAAUGUAAGCAGAGAGGGCUGGCAGACCACAUGUGCUACUCUAUCACUUAACUACCCGUAAUAUGACGUACAACCGUCCGUAGCGAGCAACCAUGUGUUCUAUUGAACAAUCUUGUAAGAACUUGCUCAUGUUCACAUGUUUUAUGGGGGUUGGAUGUUGUACUAAGAAGAAAUUAAACAAGUGCAUAAGACCUAUUACUAUUACGAAGCUCAAGGGGAAAAUGAGAUGUUGAUGCUACUUUUAUAUGCUCAUCCCAUAUAUGAUUAUUUUGUGGUCAUUGACGUCUUCUUGGAGUUGUAAGUCGUGGUGACAGUAUUUUAUUUUUUACACUCAAGUUAAUAGACAA